AUGCGCCUCCAUCGCGCAUCGCCGCUCUGGCUCCUCCUCGCGCCCGCCAGCAUUGCCAUUUCCACCACCGAAACCAAGGACAUUCUCACCAAUGAAGACAUUCUCGCCUUGAAUCAUGCGCCCGCACCCGCAUCCGCCGCCAACACGCCCAAACCCUAUGUCGGCACCAAGAAUGCGCCCGUCGAUGGACACGACGGACUCCCCCACGCCGGCCCGUUUGUCGACCGAACCCCCGAUGAUGGCGAAAAGGAGGACUCGRACAAAAAGAAGAAGACGAAGAGCAAGGACGUCUUGACGGAUGAGGAGGAAGAGGUCAAAUCCGAACGGACGGCAUCGUUAGGGAAGAUUCCCGAGAAGAAUGAUGGAGUCAUGGAUGAUGAGAACCGAUUGUUGCCCAAGAAGGGAACCACGGGAACCGAGGGAGGGAUCAGUGAAAAGGCCAACAAACCCAAGGUGGAGAACAAACCGCAGCCUCCCAAGGAAGCGCCUCCAUUGCCGGAGAGUGAGGAGCAGAAGAAGAAGAAGCCAUUGAUUUCCAAGGAUGGAAAGGAUGCCAUUACGGGGAAGGUGGUGGGAGAUGCCUCCAAACCCGCUGGCAGUGGAGAGUACAAUGGGAUGGAGAAGCCCAAGAAUCUGCCGGWGAAACCACACAACAUCCCCCAUCCCGAUCCCAAGAUUGCCACGUCCGACGCGAGUCCUCCCAUCGCCGACCGACAGGGGAGGGAUAAGUGGUUGGUGGAUACCAUGCCGGAUACCGAGGGAAAGACGAAUCCCAAGAAACCCAAGACGAAUCCUCCUCCACAACAUCAAGAAUCCACUCCCUCACAAACAGCACCCCUCCAUCCAGGAGAGGGAGAUUCAUGGCAUGAAUGGUUCCACUCCUUUGUCCUGUCCUUUACGAUGAUAAUAUUCUCCGAAAUCGGCGACAAGACCUUCCUCGUCGCCGCCCUCAUGGCAAUGCGUCAUUCUAGAUUACUGGUCUUCUCCGCCGCCUUGACCGCCUUGAUCGCCAUGACCGUUCUCUCCGCCAUCCUGGGUCACGCCUUCCCUUCCCUCCUCCCAAAACGACUCACAACUUUUGCCGCAGCCAUCCUCUUCCUCGUCUUCGGAGCGAGGUCGUUGAAGGAAGGUCUGACCAUGGACAAGGAUGCCGGCAUUGGCGAGGAAAUGCGCGAGGUCGAGGCGGAAUUGGAAGAGAGUGAAGCACACCACCACUCCCGACAGGGAAGAUCCAGCAAACCCUCUCCCUACGAACUCGAAUCCGGAAGGAGGGAACCCAGUCCUCCCCUCUCUCGCUCUCCAUCCCCCUCCAAACCUCGCCCCUCCUCUACCCUGGGAGGCAUUCGCAACCUUCUCGAAAUCGUCCUCUCCCCCGCCUGGGUGAGCACUUUUAUCAUGACCUUUCUCGGCGAGUGGGGCGAUCGCAGUCAAAUCGCGACCAUCGCCAUGGCCGCCGGGCAGGAUUACUGGCUGGUCACCUUGGGCGCCAUUGUUGGGCAUGCCUGCUGCACGGGACUCGCCGUCGCCGGAGGCAGGGCUUUGGCCGGGAGGGUCAGUCUCCGAGUCGUCACCGUCGGAGGAGCCGUGGCGUUUUUGGCUUUUGGUGUGAUUUAUCUGUGGGAGGCGYGGAGUGAGGGGUAG